AUGCAGCCAAGACUCGAAUUUCCUCUUGGCGAAACACUGGAUUGUGGCGUGGACGUUGCCAAUCAUUCCUAUAGCGAUGGAAAUGGCGAGGUUUGUGAUUUUGACUUUGCCACCUCGGAUUCAUUGGGCCGGGCAGAGCAAGUUCCGAUCACACACCAAGCGCAUCAUUCCGGGAACUUCCUUUCGCAGUGGCAUCAGGCUGAUAGGCUAUGCCUUAUUGAUGGCGCACCACCUUUGCGGAUGCAAAUGGAUAGAUUUUCUGCUUCAGACCGUCGUGUUGAAGGAGCAAUGGACUCAAGAGGAAGAGGGGAAUGUGGGGGAGAUACCGAAGGAGACGUUAUGGAAGAAAAUGAACAAGCAGAUGAUGAUGAUGAUGAGAGAGGAAGACAAGCGGAUAGGAGUCACAACGUUACCGGCCUUCAGGCUAGAAGAAGCAUGCUACAGCCCAAUCAGCCCUCAGACCACUCUCUUCAUCAUUAUGGGCAGCAUCAGGUCUGGCCUGCGUUUGAGCUCGAAGGAACUGGUGAGAAUAUGCCUAGCCUGCCAGCUCGGCAACGGCGCCGGCUGCCCAGAUCAGGUGGGCCGUGUGCCUAUAAAAUCUCAAAGAGUGAACAGCGAUUCUCGGAAAGACCUGCUGGUAUGUAUUAUCCAUUUUAA